AUGGCGAAGACCAAAGGAGCAGGCUCCGGAAAUACCCAACCACCAAAGAAGAAAAGCACCAAACUUCCACCUCCAAAGCGCACCACAAGGCGAAGCGCUUCGGAGGAAACCUCCACCAAAAUCACUGAAGAUCCUUUGCUGAAAAUCCAGCCCGAAGACAGAGGGCGUGCCGAAGUUCUCCAACAAGAGGAGCAAGAAGCAGCAAAAACAGCCGCUGAGUCAACUCAACCGGGAGAAGGGGAGCCCGAGCUCACCCCUCUUGUGAAGAAAUCAAAGAAGGGUCAGGAGAGCAAAGCAACUCUGGCGCAAUCCACUGUCGCACCACCACCUGUUCAAACUCAACCACAAUCACAAAUUCCGGAAACCUCCAUGCAGGAAGGAAGGACAGCUUCCGAGGAUACGGAAGAGAAAGAACAAGAGGAAGCGGAGGAGGAGAAGAGCGAAGAAGAGAAGGUGGAUGAGGAGGAGGCUGAUGAAGCAGAGGAAGUUGAAGCAAUUAAAGAGAAGGAAAUGGAAAUCCCAACACCCCAGAGCAAGAGACCCGGAGUAAAGAGAAAGCUAGAUGUUGCAAAACCCCCACUACCAGUCAAGGCCAAACCGACGCAGGCAGGCAGUAAGACCCGAACCAGAGCUACACAGAGCAAGAAGCCACGGAAACCCACUGCAGUCGAAAAAGGGAAGGCCAAGGAGAUGGAGGAACCAAUGGAAGUAGAUCCAGAGAGAACCGAGACGGUUGAAAGCUGCAAUUCAGAGGAUGUUAUCGCCCCUGCUAAGCCGGUGACGAGCACACUCACCUCGAAACUCAAGGGCGUCAAGCGCAAGGGAGUGAUACGACCCAGCACUAUGGAGACGGCCAUACCGAGGGACAGUCAGAGGUAUGCCGUUUUACAGAAUCGGGAGAUAACUCCUUGGUAUUUUCUGGUGACUGAAGUGUUGGAAAGUUUCGGGAUAAAAGAACGUGUGGAGGGAUAUUUCGAGAGCAUUAGUUGGGGGAAGAUUCUGAAGUGGAAUGUGUUGGCGUUCAAGAGUUUGUCGGAAGAGUACCCUCCGCUUCCAAUUGCGAGGGAAGGUGUUUCCACUCUCCAUCAACGACUUGAACAUCCACCUGGGAGUAAUAGAGGACAAGAAAGUGUAUGA